CAAAAAAAGACUGGCACAACGGCGAUAAUGUUGGCAUGACAUGAAGUCAAAGACGAAGGGAAAACUAUCAAAAAAAAAUCACAGAUGCGUCAAACGGGAGAAGGUGAACCGCCAGAACAGGUUUUAAAUGAAUGGGAGGAUUCCUUACUAAAUAUAAUUGGACCUACUGUGUGUGAGGACCAUAACACUUGUAUGGAGUCUGUUAUAGUAGUGGAAUCACAAGAACAUGUCGAAAAUGUUGAAAAUGAUCAUGAUUAUGUAGUAGAUGAAGAGACGGAGAGAAAUGAUCCAGUAGAAACGGAAAUGUCGAAUUCGGAAAAUCUUCCUCCUGAAAUAAGUGUACAAAGUAAGACACAAUUUUUAAUAUACAAAUAUUCCAGAAGGAUCCUCAUGGGUCUAAUAUUCUGUUGUAUUGGAGACGCCCUUCUGAUAUGGAACCAAUACUUCGAUUUGGGUAUGUUGGCGUUUAUCGCCGGCCAUAUUCAGUAUAUUCGAGCAUUUGGGUUCAAACCUCUUCAACUACCAAUUGGGAUUGCAUUGUACUCAUUGAGUACCAUGGUUGUGCUCUAUCUUCUGCCAGGUUUACACGGUGUAUUCGUAUUUGGUGUUCCAAUUUAUAUAUUUGUAAUUGCCACAAUGCUAUGGAGAGCUAUAGCUAGAGUACAAUUUUUUGAGGAUUUAUGGACAUGGAGCAAACUGUGUACAUGUGCUGGAAGCAUUUUGUUUGCACUUUCUGAUUUAUUAAUUGGAAUUGACCGAUUCAAACAUAAAAUUGAAUAUUCCCAAGUCUUAAUAAUGUCUACGUAUUAUGCAGCACAAGUUGGUAUUGCUGUAAGCGUAGUAGACGCAACACCACCAAGUAUCAAUUCUUCAGAAAAACCUAAAAAAAACUAAAACAAUCAUUCUCAAUAAAAACCAGUAAACGGUUCUAGUAAAUUUAUGAAAAUUCUACGUUAAUCUGAAAUAUAGUUCAAUGAAUUAUAUCCGAAAUUGUCAGAAUUAUUCUAAGCAAAUACAGGUUUAAUUUUAUAUCUACAAGUUCCUAUAGAAACAAAACAGAAGCUCCCUGUAAAAUUUAAAACAGAAUAUAAAUAAUAAAUAUUUAUCAAGCCUAAAAGGUAAAGUAAUUAAAAAUCAAAUAAAUAAAAAGGGGGUUUAAAAUUACGUCCUCUUUUUUAAAACAGUGUGUAUGUAGGUACAACGGAAAUGCAUAACAAUAUUUCAUCGUUUAACAAUGUAUGUACAUUGGCAAAGUGCUAUUUUAAAAUCAAAAUUGCUAGAACUAUCUAUUAUUUAUAAAUGUAAUAGGAACACCAAAUUAAAAUCUAAUUAACUAUUUGUGUAUCAAAAGCGGAAAUGGAAAUUUCUGCUCGAAAUAAGUAGGUACAAACCGGAUUUUUCUACGACCAUAUUUUUUAUAUAAUUAUUAUGAUAAUUAUUCCCAAAUUUUUUUUAAAACAUCAAUUUUCAGCUAAGAUUUCAAAGCGAAAAUAAUUACUUUUUAGAAAAAUAUGUGUAAGUAUCCUAUCAAUAAAAAAAAAAAACACUUAAUAAUGUCCUAUUGAUAGUUUAUGUUGUAUUUUGCCCAAUUGGUUUAUAAAAGCCGGAAAUAAAAAUUCCGUUUUUUUAUCAUAAAUAGUUAAUACAUUCAUUAUGAAACAUUUAUCGAUAAUUUCUAGUUCCUAAAUAUAAGUACAAAUAAUCAAUAUUUUUUAUUAUUUAUUUAAGCGUCAUAGACGUUCGUGUUUAAUAUAAACGAUCAUUCGUUAUAAUGGAAAUUUUUGAUAACGGUGUGUAUUACAAAUUUAUAGUGUUUUUAGAGGACUAAAACUACUUAUACAACUUAUAUUCGCAAAACCUCACCGUUUUCGAGCUAAUACUGAACUUAGGAGUAAUGCUCGUUAUAGUCAAAGACUACAAAGUGAUUCUUAUAAUAGUUGUAUACCUACCUAAUAUGUCAAAUAUUCUUUUAUGAAUGAAAUGCUUUGUUUCGAUUUGUUGAGCUCCACGUUCUUCGGGCAUAAUUCCCUUUGAUUUAUCCAUUUGUAACGGAGAUUGAUCGUAAUUUUCUGAACACGUCGGUAGAUAUUGUAGGAUCUUUAAAU